AUGCCGGUGCUCGGUUACGAAAUGACAUCACAGGAGUUGUGCCCAAUGUACAGCACAGUCGACUAUAUGAUGGGUGGACAGCCACAUGGGUGGGAGAAGCACUCCAGUAACCAAUACUACGGGCCUGUAGUGCGCAGUCCGCCACAAGAGGCGCGGCCUGUCGUCACAUACAAUAACGAAGACAGUGAUAUGCAGCUAGAGACAAGCAGUAGUGAGGCGAGUGCAGCGUCGUCCGCGGCCCUGUCGCAGCACUGCGCCAUCUGCGGGGACCGCGCCACAGGCAAGCACUACGGAGCCUCCUCCUGCGACGGCUGCAAGGGUUUCUUCAGACGAAGCGUCAGGAAAAACCAUCUCUAUACAUGCAGAUUCAGUAGAAAUUGUGUGGUGGACAAAGACAAAAGGAACCAGUGCAGAUAUUGUAGACUAAGGAAAUGCUUCAAAGCGGGAAUGAAGAAAGAAGCGGUACAAAACGAGCGGGAUCGUAUAAACUGCAGACGGCCAUCGUACGAGGAGCCGACGCAGGCGAACGGACUGUCCGUCGUGUCGCUACUCAACGCAGAGCUGCUCAGCAGGAAGGUUAUAGAUGAGACAAACAACAUAACAGAAGCUGAAAUAAGUAACUGCAAGUUGGCUAAAAUAAACGACGUGUGUGAUUCAAUAAAGCAACAACUGCUGAUCCUGGUGGAGUGGGCCAAGUACAUCCCGGCCUUCACGGAGCUGCACCUCGACGACCAGGUGGCGCUGCUGCGCGCGCACGCGGGCGAGCACCUGCUGCUGGGCUGCGCGCGCCGCUCGCUGCAUGUCAGCGACGUCUUGUUGCUCGGGAACAAUUGCAUCAUUACCAAACAUAAUAUUGACGGUCGUAUGGACAUAGACAUCAGCAUGAUAGGUAUGCGCGUGAUGGACGAGAUAGUGAAGCCGCUGCGGGAGAUCGACAUCGAUGACACCGAGUUCGCGUGUCUCAAGGCCAUCGUGUUCUUUGACCCUAACGCGAAGGGUCUCUCUCAGCCUCAGAAGAUAAAACAACUCCGUUAUCAGAUUCAAAUCAACCUAGAAGAUUACAUCAGUGACAGGCAAUAUGAUGGCCGUGGUCGCUUCGGUGAGCUACUGCUCUGCCUACCCCCUCUCCAGAGCAUUACGUGGCAGAUGAUCGAACAGAUCCAGUUCGCCAAGCUGUUCGGAGUGGCACACGUCGAUAGUUUGCUGCAAGAAAUGCUGCUUGGAGGGGCAUCAACAGAAGCGGCCAUAGAGGAGCCGUCUCCCGAGGGUGCAGUGGACGCGGCCUCACCCAUGUCGUCAGCAUCCUCCCCACCGCUGGUUCCCCAGCUCCCACUGCCGGAGCCCAGCUUCCUGGAGCCCUUCAAACAGGAACCCAACAUGAGCCCCGAACACAAUACCAGCAUGCUGAAGUCCGCAGACAUUACCUUAUUAUAG